AUGAUUGAUUCCUGGAAUCCUGGUGUGGAUUUUUUGUCUAUUUAAAUAAAUGGAGUUAUUUUUACAAAAUUAUAUAAAAAUGUUGCUUCUACAAAUACAUGUGGAAAAAAUGAUCUAAAUGAAGAAUAUUAAUAAGCGAAUAUCGAUUUUAAAACUAAUUAAUAAAGCAUUGAUAUUCAAAUUACUAGCAAUUUUAAAACUGGUAUGGAAUCGAAUAUAAGAUCUUUUGGAAUUACUGAAUUUACUAUUUAUGUUUUUGAAUGUAUGCCUUAAUGUGCUAAAUGUAAUGACGGUACUUCUUGCAGUUCUUGUUUGAGAGGCUA